AUGUCACAGCAAACUUCUGAUCAAUACGUCAGGCUCAACGCCAAAAAAUAUCAGAUUGACGGCAAGGUAUUAUGGAACGCAGCGUUAGAGGACUAUCGCGUACUGAAGGAAGCCAAUUCUACUGCGGAAGGUGCCAAAAACGGCCCAGCACGAAUGUCCGAGGCGAAGGAACCAUUUCCAUUCUUCAGAUUACCGGAUAAACUACGAAAUAAAGUCUAUGGGUAUUGCAAGCUGGACGAAAGAGAAAAGCAGGUGUACGGUCGCCCGAACGGGAUUUGGUCGCCUACAUGCAGUGACUUCAGCGAAGGUGCCCAGGAUGCUUUUGAUAGAUAUCAGCUCGAGCACGACAUGUACACACGCCAAUGCUCGCAUGAAAACCACGACGGCCUUGAUGAAGACGAAUCGUAUGCAUAUUUCGAUCAAUUAGAGAAGUCGACGAUGGCAACCAUCAAUACGCGAGGAAAUCUAUGUGAUAAUCUGCUCAUGCUCUCACUUGUCAAUCGCCAACUCUUCAAGGAAACAUUCUCCCUUUACUACUCCACACCACGAGAAGGUCUCUGGUUCAAGUGGGUAGUAAGAAACCUAGACUUCCUUCCGCUCUUGCGCUUCUGGCAAACAAUAGCCAGGCAUGUCGAGAUCGAACCGGACAGACUGCAAAUCCAGUUCGAUACGAGAGAUCAGUACAAGAGCAAAAAAAUGCACGUCGAGCAAUUCGAAAAUGUCAGGAGACUAAUCGAACCGCAUUGGCUUGAUGGGCUCCCGCUUUGGAGCUGCCUGACAGGCCUAAAUGAGUACCGCAACUCCAUCGGCCCCUUUGGAGACUGGACGUACGCCAUCCGCCAGAUCGUAGCUGUAUACCGUGUAGAUGUCUAA